ACCAGGUUUUCUCUACACCAUAUGAUACUCGUCUCUCUCUCUCUCUCUCUCUCUCUCAAGUUUCAGUCAACUACAAUAGCGUAUCUCAGGAUACUGUUCUGUUCAUUAUUUGGUCUGACAAAAGAUCCAGUUCUUUACGGAAACUACAUGAAACAGUGACAUUUCCUUCAAUUCAAUUUCAUCUUUGUAAUGAGAAACAAGUCGUAGAUCCAAAAUCCAACUUCCACCCAUUUCUCAUCUCCCCCAUAUUUGAUUCGGGCAUCGGUUGUUUUCCCCAUUCUUUAUAGUUUCCCCCCUCAGAUCAUGGCCCCGAAUACAGUAGCGGUGACAAUGGAGAAGCCAGAAAACUUCUCUCUGAUAGAGAUCAACGGCUCAGAUUCAUCCUUGUUCCCCGACAAGCGAAAAUCUAUCAGCCCCAAACAGUUCUCCUGGUUUCUCCUUCUCAAAGCCCACAGAGUUGUUUCAUGCCUCUCAUGGCUGUUCGGUUCUGUCAAGAAACGCGUUGCCUUGUUCGACAGUAACCUUAACGAGGAAGAAGACCCAAAAAGCAGAGGAAAACAGAUGUACAGAUUCAUAAAAGCCUGUCUGGUUAUUUCCAUCGUGGCUCUGGCCAUAGAAGUCAUCGCGCAUUACAAGAAAUGGAACUUGGAUCUCAUAAACAGACCCUCUUGGGAGGUUCGAGGAUUGGUGGAGUGGUCUUACAUGGCAUGGCUUUCGUUUCGGGCAGAUUACGUCGCUCCCAUUGUGAUCAGUCUCUCCAAGUUCUGCACUGUUCUGUUCUUGAUCCAGUCUCUUGAUCGGUUAGUUCUUUGCCUCGGUUGUUUCUGGAUCAAGUGUAAGAAGAUCAAGCCCAGAAUUGACGAUGAUGUUCUGGAUGUGGAAGACGGUUCGAAUUUCCCGAUGGUCCUUGUUCAGAUUCCCAUGUGCAACGAACGCGAGGUGUAUGAGCAAUCCAUUGGUGCAGUUUCACAGCUAGAUUGGCCAAAGGACAGAAUCUUGAUUCAAGUUCUGGACGAUUCAGAUGAACCAAAUCUGCAGCUUCUGAUCAAAGAAGAAGUCUCCGCUUGGCGGGAAAGAGGCGUAAACAUAAUUUACAGGCAUCGUCUGAUCAGAACAGGUUACAAAGCCGGGAAUCUCAAGUCAGCAAUGAGCUGCGAUUACGUCAAAGACUACGAGUUCGUAGCCAUCUUCGAUGCCGAUUUCCAGCCAAACCCUGAUUUCCUCAAGCUCACUAUCCCUCAUUUCAAGAGGAAUCCAGAACUGGGUUUGGUCCAAGCACGAUGGUCAUUCGUGAACAAAGACGAAAACCUCCUCACGAGGCUCCAAAACAUAAACCUCUGUUUCCACUUCGAGGUAGAACAGCAAGUGAACGGUCUGUUCCUCAACUUCUUCGGUUUCAAUGGAACAGCAGGUGUCUGGAGGAUCAAGGCUCUCGAAGAAUCCGGCGGCUGGAUGGAAAGGACGACGGUCGAGGACAUGGAUAUCGCCGUGAGGGCUCAUCUCAACGGUUGGAAAUUCAUCUACCUUAACGAUGUUAGGGUUACCUGCGAAUUGCCCGAGUCUUAUGAAGCUUACAAGAAGCAGCAGCAUCGGUGGCAUUCCGGCCCUAUGCAGCUUUUUAGGCUUUGCCUUCCUUCCAUCAUAACUUCCAAGAUAUCGGUAUGGAAGAAGACGAAUCUGAUCUUCCUCUUCUUCCUUCUGAGAAAGCUGAUACUACCCUUCUACUCAUUCACACUCUUCUGCAUCAUACUUCCAUUGACAAUGUUCAUACCCGAAGCCGAGCUCCCCUUGUGGGUAAUCUGCUACGUCCCCAUUUUCAUGUCUCUCCUCAACAUCCUCCCCUCGCCGAGGUCCUUCCCUUUCUUAGUCCCUUACCUUCUCUUUGAAAACACCAUGUCCAUCACCAAGUUCAACGCCAUGAUCUCUGGCCUCUUCCAGCUCGGUUCGGCCUACGAGUGGGUCGUGACCAAGAAGACGGGAAGAUCCUCAGAAUCCGACCUUCUGGCCUUCGCUGAUAAAGAGGAGAAGCUUCACAGGAGGCAUUCGGAGUCGGGUCUGGAGCUUCUGAGCAAACUUAAGGAACAAGAAACGGGGAAAAGUAUCGCUGGGGGGCCGGGGCAGAAGAAGAAGGGGAACAGGGUGUACAAGAAGGAACUGGGAUUGGCGUUUCUGCUACUGACAGCGGCCGGGAGGAGCUUCUUGUCGGCUCAUGGAGUUCACUUCUACUUCUUGUUGUUUCAGGGACUGUCUUUCUUGGUCGUAGGGUUGGACUUGAUCGGCGAGCAGAUGAGCUGAGAUCAUAUUGUUGUCAUUCGCUGUUAUAGUUGAUUUUUGAUUCUUUUUGUAAGAACUGAAUCUCCAGUUUCAGAAACACGGAGCUUGGAUCUGUAUACUUGUAAAAGUAUAUAUAUAUAUAUAUACAUACACAAUGUUGUUCCUUAUACCAAUAGAUGGAAAUAACUAUAAGAAUUCA